UUCUAAAGGGCAUUAUUUUGAAAGAGUAAACCGGAAAUGAUCGUGUAUCUUUUCAGUGGCUUUGUGCAGAUGGUGGGAACGCCGACACCUCAGCAUUCAGGCGCUCUCAGUCCGGCUCACUCCACUCUCCGGGUCAGCAACAGGAGCGAGAAUUCAUUUAGAAACCCAAGUCUUUAUAAACAGAGCAAGAAAACUAAAAAUAAAAAAAUAUAUAUAUAUGUAUAUAUAAAAUAAGAAGUUGGACUUUAUCUCAUUGGAUCAGAGACUCUCUGUAUCAUCACAAGAGUUUUUCCUUUCUUUCUCUCUUUCUUUCUUGUACUUCUUGUUCAUUCUGAACUCGGUUGGAUGCGCUCUGGUUCUGCGGACUCUGCCUGCUGUGAUGGACCGGCCCGGGAGCUGAACAGUGGGCUUGGUGUGGCCGCCAGGUGCGCACGACGAGGUCUAAACCCCAAAGGCCGUGGGGUGGAAUAGGGCCGAGCCUCAUGUGGGUUUCCUCUCUCUUCUGGUCCCUGCCGGCCCCCAUCUUCCCAGCAUCGGUGGGAUGUCCCAGGUGUGUCUCCUCUUGGCCUUGCUUACGCUCUCCAGCUGCACUAAGGUGUCCUUUGCUAACUCUCUGGAGCUUGUGAAGGAGAAGUGGAGCAACUACAAGGACAACUGCACAAGCCAGAUCAAUUCCACACCCCCUGCCACAGGGUUGGUGUGUAACAGAACCUUUGAUUUGUAUGCCUGCUGGCCUGAUGGACGUCCAGGUACUACUGUAAAUGUCUCCUGCCCAACGUUCCUGCCAUGGCAUCGAAAAGUUCAGCGGGGUUUGGUCUACAGGGUCUGCAACGAAGAUGGCAAGUGGGGACAAAAGAACACCAGCGAAUGUGACGACGAUCCCGGCGAGUCGGGUUUGCAGCAGCAGUAUGGCCGCAUCCUCAGCAAGCUGCGCAUCAUGUACACAGUGGGAUACUCUCUGUCACUCGGAGCGCUGCUGCUGGCCCUGGCCAUUCUCAUCAGCUUCAGGAAGCUUCACUGCAUGAGGAACAACAUCCACAUGAACCUGUUUGCUUCGUUCAUCCUGAGAGCCGUUUCGAUUCUGAUCAAAGACGCUCUGCUGAGCCUGAUGCUGGACCCAAAGAGCGGCAGCGACGCCCAGACGCAGGCCUGGGUCAACAUACCAGCCGUGAUGUGGUGCCGAGGCGCCAUGGUGAUGAUGCAGUACAGCGUGAUCGCCAACAACUACUGGCUGCUGGUGGAAGGCAUCUAUCUGCACAGCCUCCUCGUCAUCACUGUUUUCAGCGAGAAGAAAUACUUCUACAUUUACUUGGCCAUCGGCUGGGGUGCGCCUCUCAUAUUUGUGCUGCCAUGGAUCACGGUGAAAUAUCUGUAUGAGAACCUAGAGUGCUGGGAGAGGAAUAUUAACAUGGGGUAUUGGUGGAUAAUCCGUUCUCCCAUAUUGUUUGCUUAUCUGAUUAACUUCUUCAUCUUCAUCCGAAUAAUUAAAAUCCUGAUGUCUAAACUCAGGGCUCAUCAGAUGAGAUACACUGACUACAAAUUCAGGCUGGCGAAAUCCACGCUGACUCUCAUCCCGCUGCUCGGCAUUCACGCCAUCCUCUUCACCUUCGUCAUCGACGAGUCCGUCCCAAAGGGCUCCAUGCUUCGCCUCAUUCGGCUCUUCUGUGACCUCCUGUUCAACUCCUUCCAGGGCCUGCUGGUUGCCAUACUGUAUUGCUUCGUCAACAAAGAGGUUCAGUCCGAGAUGCUGAAAAAGUGGAAGAGGUGGAAGCUGGGGAAGGACAUAGACGAGGAAUACCGCCACACCCACAGCCAGACGCCGCACGUCAAGAGCGGCAGCAUCGCCACCGGGAACCUGACCGACCUUCAGGACAACAAUGCCAGCGACCCGAGCAAUGACUCGCCCCGCGCCAACAGGGCCAACUGCCACCCGCCCUGCUCGGCCGCGCCCGAGGAGAGCCGCAGGCUGGUGGUCUCCUACAGCAACGGGACGGGCAACGCCAGGUCCGCCAAAAACAGACAGGUCUUGCAGUUCACCUUCCCGCCUCAGAGAGGCGCCACCAGCAGGGGCAGCACCACGACGGAGGACAUCAGUCUGGAGGAUCGGGCGCAGCGUCGCUCGUACCCACAGGAGGGAGAUGAAACCAGUGUCUGAAGACGACAUUUUGUUUUGUUUUUAGCACAAAACUCUCAGCUUUCUAAAGACCGUGCACCGAUGGUAAAGGGGGAAAAUAUGCAAAAAAAAAAGAAAAGAAAAAAGAAACACCCCAUUUAGAUCACUUCUAAAAGGAAUCACAAGAUAAGCUUACCAUGUUUAAUGUAAUAUUUAUUGCUUAUGAUUUAACGAUUUGAAGUGAGCGUGACUGGGCAGCGUGUUUUUACUGACGUUUUGGACGAGCACAUGUCCAACAUCAGACCUUCUUCACUGCUGCUGUCAUCAUGAGGUCUGGAGGGAUCCGGGGGUUUGUUUGCACCAGCGGACAUUUACUCAUGGUACACGAUGGCUUCAAGAGCGAGUGCAGCAAGCACGUCUCUUAUUUUCUCAGAGGUCAUGAGAGCAUCCGGACUGAGGUGUUCACUCGAGACAAAUGAAUCGUUGUACUUGAUGCCGGUAGUAAAAGCGCGUCACACCGAGGGAGCCGCGCUGAAGAGGGGCGCUUUCAUUUUUCCAAAAGACUCUGUGAUUGUGUUGAAAUGAGUGUGAUUCGAAAUAAUCGAUGCCAAAUAAUA